CUGCUGACGCAAUACCGUACGGUCUCUGUUGAGUGACGUAAGGACGCAAUGUUGGUGUACUUUUCUCCUUUAGUACUCUGCUAGUUAGCAUGUGGAAGUUUGAAGCUUCAGUGUAAUUUACGGUUUAUAUUCUCAUAAAAUUCACCUUGGAAUAUUCACAGCUCGGCAAAAACAUGAGCACCUUAUGGAUGGGGAACCUGGAGUCCUACAUGGAUGAGAAGUUUAUCACCAGAGCCUUUGCCACCAUGGGUGAGCAGGUGAUUAACGUGCGGAUCAUACGCAACAAGAUGACAGGUUUGUCGUCACCCAGGGGUGCUCUGGGAUACUGUUUUGUGGAGAUGACAGAUGAGGCCACAGCUGAGAGGUGUCUCCGCAAAAUCAACGGAAAAGCUUUACCAGGAGCAACUCCACCCACAAGAUUCAAGUUAAACCGAGCCACCUUUGGGAAACAAGACAGUGGCCAGAUGUAUUCUCUGUUUGUGGGAGAUUUAACUGCAGAGGUGGAUGAUGGGAUGCUUUAUGAGUUCUUUUACAACCGGUACCCUUCUUGUCGUGGUGGAAAAGUGGUUCUGGACAACGUGGGCAACUCCAAGGGCUGUGGCUUUGUUCAGUUCCCAGAUGAGCGGCUCCAGAAGCGCGCGUUAGAGGAGUGUCAGGGUGCUGUGGGACUGGGUGGUAAACCUCUGAGACUGAGCCUGGCUGCUAACAAUUUAAGGAACAGGCAGCAACACUCAGACAGAUCGUGGCAAUCAAGCUCAGGACACAGACACAGCUAUGACCAGUACAACCAGUACCAGCAGCAGGCGUAUCCUGGGUAUUACUCCUCCUGGGGCUAUGACCAGACUGGAGGAGGGUAUGGCUACAACUACCAGCAGUAUGAUUACACACAGUAUCCCCCACCACAGGAAAGUGAAGACAUUCAAGAUGAUGGACUUGAAGAUCCCAGUCCAGAGCUGGAUGUGGUGGAGGCCAACAGGAAGUUCAUGGACCUCAGUGAGGAGCUGUAUGAUGCUCUUAUUGAGUGUCACUGGCAGCCAGCGGAAUUCUCUACAGAACAGGACUAUAUGACAUCCAGCCUACCAGAGCCCAUUUACUCCUGAAACUCAACACAUUCUCUUCACUAGACUUAACCCUCCCCAGGUCAAUUUUUUUUCCAGUUGUCUGCUGAAAUUUUGACAGUAUCGAUUAUUUUCUUAAGGUCACAAAGGAAAUAUUUCAUGGUAGUAGAUCUUAUUCAAGUGUAUAAACCAAUGGAAAUGCACUGUGUGUAUACUAAUUUCUGAGUUACAACAAAUAAAUGUUUUUGAUUUA